CCUCGCCCUGGGAGCAGCAAAUCCCCAGCCAGCCCCAUCAAUUAUUAACAGCCCCGGGGCUGGAGGUGGCUGUGGGGCAGCAGCUCAGAGCGCCCCAGGCCCGCGAUGGCACAGCCCCCCAGGCUCCUCGCCCCUCUCCGGCUGGGGCUGGCAGCAUGUCGCUGGCUCCGCACCCCCGCCACGCCGGGGACCCGGCUCGACCUGCGGGGCAUCUUCCCCCCGCUCACCACCCCCUUCACAGCCCAGGCAGAGGUGGAUUACAGCCGGCUGGAGGAGAACCUGCACCGCUACGCCACGGCCCCCUUCCGAGGCUUCGUGGUGCAGGGCUCCAGCGGCGAGUACGCCUACCUGACGCCCCAGGAGCGGCUGGCCGUGGUGAGCCGCGUGCGCCAGGCCGUGCCCAGGGACAAGCUGCUGCUGGCCGGGUCGGGCUGCGAAUCCACGCAGGGCACCAUUGCGAUGACCGUGGGCAUGGCCGAGGCGGGCGCUGACGCCGCCCUGGUGGUCACACCCUGCUACUACCGGGGCGCAAUGACCAGCGCGGCCCUGAUCCACCACUACAGCCAGGUGGCAGAUGCGUCACCGAUCCCUGUGGUGCUGUACAGCGUCCCAGCCAACACCGGCCUGGAGUUGCCCCUGGAGGCCACGCUCACCCUGUCGCAGCACCCCAACAUCGUGGGCCUCAAGGACAGCGGGGGGGAUAUUACCCGGCUGGGGCUGAUUGUCCACAAGACCCGGACGGAGGAGUUCCAGGUGCUGGUGGGGUCGGCUGGAUUCCUGCUGGCUGGCUACGCCAUAGGUAGGGGCAGCUCUCCUCUGUGGAGCUUCACCCCCCGCCACAGGGGGAUU